GUCCCCGCGCGCGGCCGGGCCAGGUAGGAACGCAGAGCCGCAGCCGCCUCGGCCAUGCGGCUGCCGGACCGGAGGCCUGGGCUGGGGCCCGCGCCACCCCCUGCGCGCCGCCCCCGCUGAGCCCGCGCCCGAUAGGGCGCCGCCGGCACCAUGGUGCAGAAGUCGCGCAACGGUGGCGUGUACCCCGGCACCAGCGGGGAAAAAAAGCUCAAGGUGGGCUUCGUGGGGCUGGACCCCGGCGCGCCCGAUUCCACUCGCGACGGCGCGCUACUCAUCGCGGGCUCCGAGGCCCCCAAGCGCGGCAGCGUUUUGAGCAAGCCGCGGACGGGCGGCGCGGGAGCCGGGAAGCCCCCGAAGCGCAACGCCUUCUACCGCAAGCUGCAGAAUUUCCUAUACAACGUGCUAGAGCGGCCCCGCGGUUGGGCGUUCAUCUACCACGCCUACGUGUUUCUUUUAGUCUUCUCCUGCCUUGUGCUUUCCGUGUUUUCCACCAUCAAGGAGUAUGAGAAGAGUUCUGAGGGGGCCCUCUACAUCUUGGAAAUCGUGACCAUCGUGGUAUUCGGUGUUGAGUACUUUGUGAGAAUCUGGGCUGCAGGCUGCUGCUGCCGGUAUCGAGGCUGGAGGGGCCGGCUCAAGUUUGCCAGGAAGCCGUUCUGUGUGAUCGACAUCAUGGUGCUGAUUGCCUCCAUUGCUGUGCUGGCUGCUGGCUCCCAGGGCAAUGUCUUUGCCACGUCUGCGCUUCGGAGCUUGCGGUUCUUACAAAUCUUACGGAUGAUCCGUAUGGACCGGAGGGGCGGCACCUGGAAGCUCCUGGGAUCGGUGGUCUACGCUCACAGCAAGGAGCUGGUGACUGCGUGGUACAUUGGCUUCCUCUGCCUCAUCCUGGCCUCGUUUCUGGUGUACUUGGCAGAAAAGGGUGAGAAUGACCACUUCGACACCUACGCGGAUGCACUCUGGUGGGGUCUGAUCACCCUGACAACCAUUGGCUAUGGGGACAAGUACCCUCAGACCUGGAACGGGAGGCUGUUAGCAGCGACGUUUACCCUCAUUGGUGUCUCAUUCUUCGCUCUUCCUGCUGGCAUUUUGGGAUCUGGCUUUGCCCUGAAAGUCCAAGAGCAGCAUCGGCAAAAACACUUUGAGAAACGGCGGAACCCUGCGGCAGGUCUGAUCCAGUCUGCCUGGAGAUUCUAUGCUACUAACCUCUCACGCACCGACCUGCACUCCACGUGGCAGUACUACGAGCGGACAGUCACUGUCCCCAUGUACAGACUCAUUCCGCCUCUGAACCAGCUGGAGCUGCUGAGGAAUCUCAAGAGCAAAUCUGGACUCACCUUCAGGAAGGAGCCACAGCCAGAGCCAUCGCCAAGUCAGAAGGUCAGUUUGAAAGAUCGUGUCUUCUCCAGCCCCCGAGGCGUGGCUGCCAAGGGGAAGGGGUCUCCCCAGGCCCAGACGGUCCGGCGGUCCCCCAGUGCGGAUCAGAGUCUUGAUGACAGCCCAAGCAAGGUGCCCAAGAGCUGGAGCUUUGGUGACCGCAGCCGUGCACGCCAGGCUUUCCGUAUCAAGGGUGCUGCAUCCCGGCAGAACUCAGAAGAAGCAAGCCUCCCUGGGGAGGAUAUCGUGGAGGACAACAAGAGCUGUAACUGCGAGUUCGUGACUGAAGAUCUUACCCCUGGCCUCAAAGUCAGCAUCAGAGCUGUGUGUGUUAUGCGGUUCUUGGUAUCUAAGCGAAAGUUCAAAGAGAGUCUGCGCCCAUAUGACGUGAUGGAUGUCAUCGAACAGUACUCGGCUGGACACUUGGAUAUGUUGUCCCGCAUCAAGAGCCUGCAGUCCAGGAUAGAUAUGAUUGUGGGCCCCCCACCCCCUUCAACUCCCCGGCACAAGAAGUACCCUACCAAAGGACCCACGGCCCCUUCGAGAGAGUCACCCCAAUACUCACCUAGAGUGGACCAGAUUGUGGGGCGGGGCCCAACGAUAACGGACAAGGACCGCACCAAAGGCCCAGCGGAGACAGAACUGCCCGAAGACCCCAGCAUGAUGGGACGCCUUGGGAAGGUGGAGAAACAGGUCUUGUCCAUGGAAAAGAAGCUAGACUUCCUGGUGAGCAUCUACACACAGAGAAUGGGCAUCCCACCAGCAGAGACAGAGGCCUAUUUCGGGGCCAAGGAGCCUGAGCCGGCACCACCCUACCACAGCCCGGAGGACAGCCGUGACCAUGCAGACAAGCAUGGCUGUAUUAUUAAGAUUGUCCGCUCCACCAGCUCUACGGGCCAGAGGAACUACGCCGCACCCCCAGUCAUGCCCCCUGCCCAGUGUCCCCCAUCCACCUCGUGGCAGCAGAGCCACCAGCGCCACGGCACCUCCCCCGUGGGAGACCAUGGCUCACUGGUACGCAUCCCACCACCCCCUGCGCACGAGCGCUCACUGUCUGCCUACAGUGGGGGCAACAGAGCCAGUACCGAGUUCUUGAGGCUGGAGGGCACCCCAGCCUGCAGGCCCUCUGAGGCAGCCCUGCGGGAUAGCGACACGUCCAUCUCCAUCCCUUCGGUGGACCACGAGGAGCUGGAGCGUUCCUUUAGCGGUUUCAGUAUCUCCCAGUCCAAGGAGAACCUGGAUGCCCUGGGCAGCUGUUAUGCAGCUGUGGCGCCGUGCGCCAAGGUCCGGCCCUACAUUGCAGAGGGCGAGUCUGACACAGACUCAGACCUCUGCACACCGUGUGGGCCACCCCCACGCUCUGCCACUGGCGAAGGCCCCUUCGGAGAUGUGGCUUGGGCAGGGCCCAGGAAGUGAGUCUGGGUUGGGCUGCUGGCCCCAUGCCACACCCACUCUUGUUCAGUUUUAGAGCUGGAGUUCCAGGGCCUUUCUUAAAGUGACAGAGUGGCAUAGAGUAGUGUGGGUUGUGAGGAUGCUCAUGGGAUCUUGCUCUCAGGGUCAAUGUGGAGUGGAAAUGAGGCAGGGUUCCUUAGCACAUACAGUAACAUUUUAUAGAAGUUCUUUUCCAACCAGGAGAGGGAGGUUGAGGC